GGAUUUUCAAACGUAUGUCUUAUGUGUAAUAAUUAGUUAAUUCUUCUUCGAGUUUAUUAUGCAAAUUUUAUUUCGACGGUCAUUAAUACUUUCGCAAUCAAUCGUCCGUUCGUUGAGCUCUUCAACUGUAAACUCAUUAUUCAAUUUUAAGUCUCGAGCGGUUCCAAGAGUUAUGAAGCUGGAAAAUACACAAUAUGGAUUCAUCUUUUCACCCGAACUUACGCAGCUGUUACAAGUUUUCGAAAAAUACAAGUAUGAAAUCAGAUUGUGCGGAGGAGCUGUACGUGACAUAUUACUAGGACAAACACCGACCGAUUUGGAUUUUGCAACUAUUGCUACACCCAAUGAAAUGGUGGAAAUGUUGGAGAAAGAAAACAUACGACUUGUCAACAAAGGCGGAUUAAAACACGGUACAGUAACGUCUCAUAUCAAUGGCCUAAGCUUUGAGGUAACGACACUGAGGAUAGAUGUAGUAACAGACGGACGACACGCUGACGUCGAAUUUACCAAGGACUGGGCUUUGGACGCCGAACGUAGAGACCUAACUGUAAAUUCAAUGUUUUUGGGAAUGGACGGCACUCUAUAUGAUUACUUCAACGGAUAUGAAGACCUAAAGAAACGACAUAUUAAAUUUGUCGGAGACGCUAAUAAACGAAUAUCUGAAGAUUAUUUAAGAAUCUUGCGCUACUUUAGGUUUUACGGUCGGUUAGCCAACGCUCCUAAUGAUCACGAUAAUGAUAUUCUUGAGGCUAUACGUGAAAAGGGGAAGGGCUUGGAACAAAUAUCGGGAGAACGUAUUUGGUCAGAACUCAGUAAGAUAUUAGAAGGAAAUUUUGGACCAGAACUUAUGAUGGUGAUCUUGAAUUUAGAUCUUGGACCAUUUAUUGGACUUCCUAAUCGUGUUGAUAUUGACGAAUUUAACAAGAUCACCAGUAGAGCUAAAGGCCUUAAAUUGCAUCCAAUCACAAUGUUAACUGCUCUUUUAAAAGAACCUCAAGACAUGAUAACGCUUAAUAACAGAUUGAAAUUUCGCGUGUUCGAUAGGGAGUUGGGAUUGUUUUUAAUAGAAAGUAGAAAUGACAAUUGGAACCCAGAAUCUGUUAAAAAGUACAAAAUAAAAAUGAUACAAAAUGCAAGCAAGCAAAAUGUAAUAAAAGAAUACAUCGAGCAAUUGCUAAAAUAUUGUAAUGAAAGAACAAUAUUGGACGAGUUUGAGAAAUGGACACCUCCAAAAUUUCCCGUGUCUGGGAAAAUGGUCAAAAAUAAAGAAAUUAAUGGGCGAGCAGUAGGACAUAUUAUGAACAAACUCGUUGAGUAUUGGGCAGACGAUGAUUUUAAGACUGAUGUCAACGAGUUGUUAAAUUUAAUACCUAAAGCUAGAAUAGAAUCGUUGGAAGACAUGACGAAAAAAAAGAAAUAGAUAAACUUAAGAACUAACUCGUUAUUGUUGACUUUAUGUAUUAUAUAGUAUUAAAUAAUAGUAAUAAAUUAAUUCUAAAUAUAACACGAUACAGUAAUAAUUAUGAUAAUUUAAAAUUAUUCAUUUAGUUAUUUUAACUUGGGUAUUUAAUUUUAAUUUAUGUACAAAGAGCGAGUUCAUACUCGUAUACUCUUGAUGUAACAAACAAUAAUUUGUUAGGUGUAUAUUAUACCAAAUUUGUAUAAUAUUAAUAAUUUGUAAUAUUCAACUUAUUGCAAAAAAUCCAAUAAAUAUUGUUUUGAUGUUUUUCAUCAAAUCGAUGAGAAAUAACAUGACCGAUUUA